GGGGAGACCUUCACCAUCAUAUGUCACAGAUUCAUUUUGAAUAAUCUCAACAAUCAGUUACCAACACUUGCUCCGGAUUGAUAAACUGAGAAUGAGACUUUGGGUCUUGACACUUCUAACAAUUCUUGUACAUUUCACAGCAGCUAAAUUUAGCAAAUCAUCCUGGGGCCUGGAAAAUGAGGCUUUAAUUGUGAGAUGUCCUAGGCAAGGAAAGUCUCGAUACCCUGUGGAUUGGUAUUACCUGAAAACCAAUAAAAGUAUAACCACCCAGAAAAGAAAUCAUGUGUUGGCUGCCGGGGAACAGCUUAAGUUUCUCCCUGCCAAAGUCAAUGAUUCUGGAAUUUAUACUUGCAUUAUCAGAAGUCCUACCUCUAACAAGACUGGGUAUGUAAAUGUCACCAUCUAUAGAAAACAACCAGAUUGCAAUGUUCCAGAUCAUCUGAUUUAUUCAACAACAUCAGGAUCAGAAAAAAAUUCCAAAAUACAUUGUCCUACAAUUGACCUCUACAACUGGACAGCACCUGUUGAGUGGUUUAAGAAUUGUAAAGCUCUUCAUGGACCAAGGUAUCACAUACACAAGACCUAUGUGCUGAUUGACAAUGCAACUAGCAAGGACACAGGUGAUUAUACAUGCAAAUUUAUGCACAAUGAAAAUGGAGUCAGUUACGGUGUCACAACAACCAGAUCAUUCAUUGUGAAAGAGGAAGAAAGCGUUUCUUGGUUUCCAGUAAUUAUAGCCCCUCCACAAAAUGAAACAAAAGAAGUGGAAAUUGGAAAACCAGCAAACAUACUCUGCUCUGCUUGCUUUGGGAAAGGAUCUCAGUUCAUGGCUGGUGUCCGAUGGAAGGUGAACAGAACCACAGUUCAGAACUUUGGUGAAGCAAGAAUUCAAGAGGAACAGGAGCAAAAUCAAAGCUCUAGCAAUGAGCUGACUUGUCAGAACACUACUUUGAGAAUAGAUGGUGUGAGAGAGGAGGACUUGUCGCUGCGGUACGAAUGUCUGGCUCAGAGUCUGCAUGGCUGGAUACGGCACAUCGUGAGACUAAAGAGGAAAAGACCAAAUGACAAGCAAAGCACCUACUACAUCCUGGCGGGAUUUAGCACCUUGUUAAUGCUAAUCAACGUCAUGGCCAUAAUGCUCAAAGUGUUCUGGAUUGAGGUUAAUCUGCUCUGGAGAGACCUAGCUAGACCUCACAAAGUGAGGAAUGAUGGAAAGAUCUAUGAUGCUUACGUUAUCUAUCCGCGGAACUAUAAAAAUAGUCCCGAGAGGGCCAAUGCCGUGGGCCACUUUGUUCACCAGAUUCUGCCUGAAGUUCUUGAAAAUAAAUGUGGCUAUAACUUAUGCAUUUAUGGGAGAGAUCUGCUACCGGGAGAAGACGCAGCCAUUGCCGUGGAGAACAACAUACGAAAGAGCCGGCGGCAGAUUUUUAUCCUGACUCCUGAGCUGGUCCACAGCAGGGAGUUUGCCUACGAACAGGAGAUCGCCCUACACAGCGCCCUCAUCCAGAAUGACUCCAAGGUGAUCCUGAUAGAAAUGGAGGCUCUGAGCAAGCCCGGUGGACUGCGGUUUGAGGAGCUUCAAGAGUCCCUCCGGCACCUCGUGGAAGUGCAGGGUACCAUCAAGUGGAGGCAAGACCACAUGGCUGACAAACGGUCGCUGAAUUCCAAAUUCUGGAAGCACGUGAGGUACCGCAUGCCUGUGCCCAACAAACCCCUGGGGAAGACACCCAGUUUGGCUUCCCUGAGCGCCCAGGAGCAGUAGUGCUGGCUUUGGUGUGCUAGUAAGGCACCCACUUUCCACUGACCUGAACUCCUACUCCUGGAUGACGACACUGGACCAGACACUGGAGCAGGGGCAGGAGGAGUGGUGAUGUCUAGAGGAGGCUGGUCUCUGAUUUCAUUUACCAACUUGACUCCCAUUUUCCUGAUUAUGGGGGGAUGCAAAACAGCCAGAAAUUUCUUUUCUCGACCCCUCUCUCUUCAGCCCACUUUUCCUGUCUUUUCUCCCUUUACUGAUCUUUCUCCAUGUGGCCUAGUAUUUUUUCAUUAUCCUUUUUUCCCCUCUUUCUCUCUCUUUCCCGUUCUCCUUCUCCUUAUUCCUUGUCAAUACUCCACACGUUAAACUUCAAGCUGGAAGUGUUAGAGCUAAAUUUUCAUGCAACCUUGAAGAACACUCAGAUUUCCGCAAGCAGAACAGUAACAGUCCUUCUUAUUCCCAACCAGACCAGCAUUUAUUCUAUUUUAUUUGACUGGAUGCUGGGUUUUUUCAUCUCGAUGUUGUCAAUGUUAUUGGAUGGGCUUACCUGGUUGCCAUUAUA